AUUAUUUUCAACUCAGCGCUAGUCAGGAACCCCAGGCGGAUAAGGCGAGUAGACGAAGAACAAUUAACCAAAAGUGAAAUAAAAACACAAAGAAAACCUGGAGAGAAAAACAAAACCAAUCUUUAGAUAAGUAGCAAAUUCAGGACUACACCGCAAGUCGUUCAAGACUUGUUUGCAAUAGAAAAACCCGUCCGCUCCUCUCUCGUCAAGAAAAAAAAAAACCAGUCACACCACACACAUACAAAACAAUACUACACUCUUUCCUUUGUUCUUCCAACAAAACAACCUAUCAACACCAAACUUAAUUAAACACAGAUCAGCCGGCCAUCCCCGUAUGGCGCGGCCCGCCUCAGACUGUUUACACUUCCAACCUCCCCCUUUCCAAUUUCCUAUCCCCUUCCUAGCUUAAAAAAAAAAAAUUUUAAAGAAAAUAACACAGCAGGUUUGUGACAUAGUACUAAAAUGUCCUUUAGUCGUGGCGGGUGACAGUUGUGCGCCGGUGACAUGGGAGAGCCGAAGAAACGAAGAGUUGACUCUGAGUGCAGAAACUUCCAAGAAAAGUGGACAGAUCUGUACUUUUUUAUACAACAUGAUAGCAAGCCAACGUGUUUGAUUUGCAAAGAAAGUGUGGCUGUUUUUAAGGAACACAACAUUAAACGGCACUAUGAAACAAAGCACAAGAACAAGUAUGAUGGCAUCCGUGGUUCGAGCCGCACAGAAAAGAUUGCUAAGUUACGUCAAGAAAUUGGAGGCUUGACGAGAAUAUUUAGCAAGAAAAGACAAGAAAAUGAGGCGUCGGUAAUUGCAAGCUACCGAGUUGCUCACAUUUUGAGCAGAGAAGUGAAGCCAUUUUCCGACGGUGAAUGCGUAAAAAAGUCCUUGCUAGCAGUGGUGGAGGAACUGUGUCCUGAAAAGAAGAAUGCACGGCGAGUGGAAGAUAUGGGGAAACAUCUCCAGUCAAAACUAAGGGACAAAGCAGCACGUUUCGAAAUGUUUUCUAUUGCUGCUGACGAGUCAACCGACUCAUCCGACACCGCUCAACUCUUGGUAUUUAUUCGCGGUACAAACAACGAUUUUGAACUUACAGAAGAGUUAGCGGCCAUGAGGGGCAUUCACGGGAACACCACUGGCGAAGACCUAUUCAAAGAAGUUUCAGCCGUAAUAGAGGGUCUUGCUCUUCCUUGGGAAAAAUUAGUGGGAGUGACUACCGAUGGUGCCAGAAGUAUGGUUGGAUGCCACAGCGGACUGGCAUCAAGUGUUAUUAGAAAAGUCGUCGAGUCUAAUGGAACCGAGCCUCUGAGGCUUCAUUGCAUUAUUCACCAACAAAAUCUCUGUGGCAAGGUGUUGAAUCUGGACCAUGUGAUAAAGAUUGUGGUCAGCACUGUAAACUUCAUCGGAUCACAGGAGUUGAACCACAGAACUUUCAAGGAAUUUUUGACAAAAAUAGAAUGCGAAUAUGAAGACGUUCUCUUUCACAGUGAAGUCCGCUGGUUAAGCUGAGGAAAGGUAGACAUUCAGAAGCUGGUUUCGGAAAAGCAGCUUCAAAUAUCCCACUAAGUACAACUUUUUUCUAAUAAAAAUGGUAUGUUCUAUUUUUUUUAAAAUUUUUUUUG